UUCGCCUUGUUCCGGGAGUGGGGCGGGGCGAGAGGAGCUACGGAGUGGGAAAGCUCCCGAGUGCUCCGGGAGGGCGGCUGGUUCCCCCUUUGGAGGGGGGCUGGUCUUGACUACCCCCACCCCAGGAAUGCGUGGCCCGCGGUCAGGGAUGCUCUCAGGACCUGCGGCCAUGGAGCUGAAGGUGUGGGUGGACGGCGUCCAGCGCGUGGUGUGUGGAGUCUCGGAGCAGACCACCUGUCAGGAAGUGGUCAUCGCACUAGCCCAAGCUAUAGGCCAGACGGGCCGCUUUGUACUGGUGCAGCGUCUCAGGGAGAAGGAGCGGCAGCUGCAGCCCCAGGAGUGUCCAGUGGGUGCCCAGGCUACCUGUGGACAGUUUGCCAGUGAUGUCCAGUUUGUCCUGAGGCGGACAGGGCCCAGCCUCGCUGGAAGGCCCUCCUCAGACAGCUGCCCACCCCCUGAGCGCUGCCCAAUCCGUGCCAGCCUCCCCCCGAAGCCGCGACUGGCACUGAGCCGUGAGCCCCACGAAGCACUGACCUUCAUCAACCUGGGCUCCAGCCCUGUGCUGCCCGAGCCUGUGGCCCCAGUGGCCCCCGUGCCAGGCUGCUGGGCAGACCUGCAGGGCCUGGAGCGGAGGGUACAGAGGAACGCUGCGGAGCUGGGCCAGGAGGCCUUCUGGGGGCAGGAGCUGCGGAGGGAGCAGGCGCGGGAGCGUGAGGGGCAGGCACGCCUGCAGGCGCUGAGCGCAGCCACAGCCGAGCAUGCUGCCCGGCUGCAGGCCCUGGACGCCAAGGCCCGCACCCUGGAGGCCAAGCUGCUCCUGGCCGCAGAGGCCCCUGGACCCCCAUCGCCCACAGCAUCGGCCGUGGAGCGCCUGCGCCAGGACCUGGCUGCCCAGGAGCGGCAGAGUGCGGAGCUGCAGGGCAGCUUGGCCCUGGUGAGCAGGGCUCUGGAGGCUGCGGAGCACGCCCUGCAGGCCCAGGCCCAGGAGCUUGAGGAGCUGAACCGGGAGCUGCGUCAGUGUAACCUGCAGCAGUUCAUCCAGCAGACGGGGGCUGCACUGCCACUGACCCCACAGCCAGACAGGGCUCCUGGCACACAGGAUCUUCUGCCUCCAACCAGUGAAAAGCCCCUCCUGGGAGCCCCCCGGAGUCCUGCCCUACUGUCCAGUCUGAGCCCAGAGGUUGUCCCCAUAAGGCAGAACUCCUGGAGGUAGCAGCUUCUGCCCCAGAGGAAAUGCCCAGUGCCAGCCCACCCCUGGGCUCUGAUGACAUGAGCGAUGACAGCUGAGGCCAGCCCAGCCUGGACAAGAGAAGAAGAGUCGGUGGUCGUAGAGGACUCCUUCCCCCAUGCAACUGGAAGCCCUCAUGCCCUGGGCCCGAGACCUCGGAUCCCUGAGGUUUCUGCUGCAGGAGACAGGGGGAGGCUGGGGACUCUCGCCUUAAUCCUUGCCAACUCUGCCACACCCCCUGGAGAAGCUUGGGGCAUGGCCAGCUCAGAACUUGCGAGGCCCCAAAGGCCACGGUUCCUUUUGGGGAUGGCAGAGUCGUGGACACUGUGUUCAGUCUGUGGGGAUGUGCUCACGUGGGAGAUUUCUUCACCACAUGUGUGCAUGCUGCCUCCCCCACCGCGACACUCGAACCUCAAUAAACUGCCGACAGUGAUUUGACUGUC